AUGGCAGGCGAGGUCCGUCAACCGAUCGACCAGGCCAAGUUGGAAAAGUACAUCAACGACAACGUGCCCGAGAUCAAGACUCCGAUCGAGUUGAAGCAGUUCGGCUUCGGCCAAUCCAACCCAACCUACCAAAUCACCGACUCCACCGCGAAGCGAUACGUCCUCCGCAAGAAACCUCCAGGAAAACUGCUCUCCAAAACAGCCCACCGCGUCGACCGCGAAUACCAAGUCAUCCACGCCCUCGCCUCCACCGACGUCCCCGUCCCCACCGCCUACGCCCUCUGCGAAGACGACUCCAUCCUCGGCACUCCCUUCUACAUCAUGUCCUUCCUCGACGGCCGCUUCAUCUCCAACGCCGCCAUUCCCGGUGACGACAUCUCCGCUUCCGAUCGUCGAGAAAUGUGGCGCGACGCCAUCCGUACCCUCGCCAAACUCCACCGCGUCGACAUCAAGUCCGUCGGGUUGGAGAACUUUGGUCGUCCGUCAGGUUUCUACUCCCGACAAAUCAAAACCUUCACUUCCCUCGCGGAGUCCCAAGCUUCCGCAAAGGACGUCGACACGGGGAUCCCCGUCGGUCAACUCCCUCACUUUCAGGAUUUCCUCUCCUACUUCUCCCAACCCGCCACCCAACCCAAAGAUCGCGGCGUCCUCUUCCACGGCGACUUCAAAAUCGACAAUCUCGUCUUCCAUCCCACCGAACCCCGCGUAAUCGGCAUCCUCGACUGGGAAAUGGCCACAAUCGGACAUCCCCUCGCCGACCUCACCAAUCUCAUCCAACCCUGGACCAUCUCCACAUCCACCCCUUCCUGGCCGCGGGUUCACGCCGACGAAGCUUUCCUGCCCGCAGAUCAUCCCCAGUCGACGGCUGCUUCUCAUCCGGGACUACCGACCAAGGAAGAGUGUAUAGCCUGGUAUCAGUCCGAUGUGGGUUUCACGGUGAGUGAGAAGGAUGUCGCGUGGGCGACGGCGUUUGCGCUGUUUAGGGAUAGUAUUAUUUUCCAGGGGAUUGCGGCGAGGUACGCGAUGAGGCAGGCGAGUAGUGGACAGGCGCAGAAGUAUGGCGGGGAGAGAGGGGUGUUUGCGGAGAUGGCUUGGGGGAAGGUGCUGGAGGCGAAGGAGAAGGACCGGGCCGGGGUGAAGUUGUGA